AUGUGGAACCACUUAAAGAUACAUCACUCAACUAUCUUUGAAGAGGCAAAGAAAAAAAGAGAUGCUGAAGAGGCAAAGACAUCCAGCCACAUUCAAGCAUCUCUUCCUAUGAUGUUUGAAAAGCAGACAAAGUGGAAGACGCCUGAUGUCCGCUCAAAAACACUGGACAGGAUGAUUACAGAAAUGAUAGCUACAGACAAUCAGCCUUUCACCAUGGUUCAAAAUAAAGGCUUCCAGAGACUCAUGGCAACUGCAGAACCAAGAUAUACUCUGAAGAGUGAGAAGUUCUAUCGCACAGAGAUGUUCCCCAGUAUUCACAACAGUAUCGUUGAGAAGAGCUUGACAUGCCAUUUCAUUGAUGAUCAGUGGAUUCGCAGACAAGUAAUUCUAAACACAAAAGCAAUGAUGGGAUCACACACUGGAGAGUACAUUAACGAGAUGUUUUUGGGCAUGCUGGAAGAAUGGGACAUUGACAAAGAUAGAGUUGUUCUUGUUCUCAGGGACAGUGGUGCUAACAUUGUUAAAGGUAUGAGAAUUGCUGAACUGCCUGACAUGAGCUGCAAUGCCCACAUAUUACAGCUAGUUGUCAAUGACGGCCUCAACUCACAAAGAGCUGUCCAAAAUAUCCUGUCAGUGCUGAAAAGCUGUGCUACACAUUUUAAUCAUUCAGUACUAGCUAAACAGCAUUUAGCAGUGAUCCAGCAGGAUCUUGGGCUACCUGCACAUUCCAUCAUUCAGGCUGUCCCGACCCGAUGGAAUUCCACCCUACACAUGCUGGUCAGGAUGCAAGAGCAGAGAAGAGCUAUGAACAUAUAUGCCAGUGAGCAUAGUGGGUUCACUAGCCUGAGUGCUGAUCAGUGGAGUAUUUUCAGCAAUCUUAUUGAGACACUUUCUACAGUGGAGGAGGUCACUCUUGAGAUGAGCCACUAUGAUAGUUCAGCAUCAUGCAUCAUCCCAUCUGUCAAAGUUCUGAAGAUGUUGCUUAGCAGUCAAGGUCCUCCUCUCAUGGGAUUUAAAACAAUGAGACAGGAGAUGCUGGAGAGUCUCACCCGACGGUUUUGCAAAAGUGGAGGAGGUGAAAUGUGCAGUCCUUGCCUGUCUUCUGGAUCCAAGUUUGGCCUUGAGGAGGAGACAGAAACCUUAGAGCAAGACAACAACGCACAAGGUGAUGGAACACAGUCAGAUGAUUCCAGCACAGUUUCAAAAAGGCCCUGUACAGAAGAAACCCAGAAGAAACUGAUUGAUGAGAUGUAUGAUACUCUGCUUGGUGCUACUAGUUCUGAAGUUGCCAACACAGGACUUGUCUUUGUCAAUCAGCUGAAGAGUUGGAGAGAUGCUCAGAGUUACUGGCAAGACAGAAUCACAUUGAUCUGCUUUCAGUGUGAGGAACCCAGAAUGAGAAUCAACAGGUUGGAGAAGAUCAUCGAAGUGAUAAUCGUAAUAUCUGGAUCAUGGAUCUGA